CCCUAACUACCUAUUCAAUCUUCACAUUUCUCCCUCUUCAUUGUUUCAAAAAAUUAUCGUAAUUGGGGGAAUUUCUCAACGGUGAAAGUAAUAUUCUUCCGGCAAUUUCCGUUUUCAUCUCUGUUAAAUUGUGCUUCUAGACUUUCUACAUGAAAUCGAUAUGGCAACAAGGAAACGGCGUUACGAUCCAAAUGUACCGAUUGAACUUAGCUCGGAAGUGGAAGAAGAUAAUGUAGAAAGUUCAGUAUUCAAGAAUGAUGAAACCAAGAAAAUACAGGUGAAGGUGGUGAAAAGGACGGAUUCGAACAUUGAAGAAGAAGAAGGGGUUUCUUUGAAGAUUGAAAUUGACAUUCCACUUCGAUGGGUGAUGAUUUGUUACUGUCAGAGAUUGGGUUUGGAUUUUCAAACCACCCGAUUCGAGUUCAAUGCUGCUAAGUUAAGGGAUUUGGAUACUCCCCAACAACUUGGCAUGGUUCAAAAUGAUGUCAUUUUUGCCUUCCCAAAUCAUGGUGGUUUGGGGAAUGGAGCUGUGCAUUAUGUAACUAUAUGCAUCCGCAUGCAUAAGGGGAGAGACAUGUUUCAUAGAGUGAAAUGCUCUACCGCUGUACUGCCUCAGCUUAUGCGAUGUUUUUCUAACAGUGAUCCUCGAGAACUUCGCUCUCUAUGCCUUGUUUAUGGUGGAUUAAAGUUGACUCAGAACCAUACAGCUAGAGAACUAAAAAUGGAAGAUGGUGACAUAAUUGAUGGCUUUACUUUCAGUUUGAUGAAUUCUUCCUUGAGCAUAGUUGGGCAACGCAUUACUCUUAAAGUGAUAUGUCAUGUGGGCAAUGAAACGGUGUUCAGAGUCACUCCGAGGACUCUUUUGGGUCAGAUGAUGGAUAAAUUAAUGCCGCCGGAGGCAGAGACUGGGCGUAAAAAUGUUAGAUUUAUAUUUAAUGGUCGUUAUCUCUCACCUACAAAAACAGUAGCGGAGGAACAUCUCGUGGAUGGUGAUACUAUUAGUAGCAUGCUUUGUAUGAGGGGAUGCUGAAUGUUUUUGUUAGGUUACUAUGAUUCUGACUUGUACAUUGCCUUUCAUGGUAAGAUUUGUAGCAGUCGCAGUAUAAUGCUGUCAUAUCUCUGAUUUUAUUUCCGUUAGUUUAUAAACUUGUUUAAAGGGUAGCUAGAUUUGGCGUGUAUAUCAUCAACUUAUUGUAAGAUUUAAUGGGGCUCAUUCACUCAUUGAGCCCAUGAAUUGGAAUAACAGAGAGAGUGAGAGAUACCUCAUCCUGCUAACGUUCUCCUCAAAAAAA